CACAGCAAAUGUAGAGCGGUGACUCACUGGAUUAAUGCUUGACUGUAUUGCUUAACCAUCUUGCAAAAAGACAACCGCUUUUGACGUCCCUCUCAUUCUCUUCAAACGCGGAUGAUGUGCCGUUAAAGACAUGUUUUCCUUUCACUUUAUUACGACUGUUAUUGUUUCUUAUUUUCUUCUCACCAGUAAGUCAGAAGCUCCGAGCCCCAAGCAUGUGAGCGUGACUGUGGAUGCGGUCCCUGUGGCGGGACGCUCAGAGGUUACUUUGGCGACCUGCACAGCUUCCACAGCGCAGUCUGCUGCUGAGUUGUCAUGGGAUUUGGGCACUUUAUCGGAUUCUGUGAAGCUAUCGACCAGCACUGUGAAACAUCUGGAUGGGUCGUUGACUGUCAAAAGCAGUCUGAUUGCUACCCCAACUGUACAGAUGAAUCAACAGCUCGUUAAGUGUGUGAUUAGACAUGCAAUGUUGAAAGAGGAACUGAGCAUUGAUCACAAGAUCGUUGUGCACUAUCCCCCUCAGCUGGUCUUUGUGACACCGUUCCAAAAUCACUCUCAUUCUGAAGUGUAUCAGUGUGAGACAGAUGCCAAUCCUCCAGCUACACACUUCAGAUGGCACAGCACACACCAGAGUAUCCCCAAUGAUGCCAUUAAAACAGAAGGAAAUAAACUAUUCUUUUUGAAGCUGACAUCUGACCUCAGUGGCCUGUAUAUCUGUGAAGCUUCAAACGAGUAUGGAGCAGGAAUCGGCUCACUCUACUGGCAAAAAGGAGAAAAGACAGAAGACUACCAUUCUGAGCUUUGAGUCCUUCAUCCUGGAUGUAAUUUGGAUUAAACUUCGUCAUGGCUAUAAUAAAACAUAUUUACCAUAAUUAGAAUCAGGUUAGAAACAACAAAUAUGAAUUUGUUUAAAUUUAAGAAUCUUAAAAUAUACUUUCUUCAAGUUAUGACUUUGUUAAUUUUUUUCUAAAUUAUCUUAGACUUUGGACCCCACUGUUUUUAGCAAGGUUGCAGACAAACACAUGAAGAUCAGGUUAAAGUUCAAAUGCAGGGUUUAAUAAUCCAUCCAAUGAAGAUCAGUGUCCGUGGAAACUGGUGAGUGGCGAGAAACUCAAAGGAAAACAUGUGGCAAAUGAAUAAAACCUUAUUCCAUGAAAAUUUAACGAAUAACAAACAACUGAAAAUGUGUAACAACUGUAUAUAGAUGUUCAAUUCAUUAUAUUGCAGCAGCAGCAUCAUCAACAUGACUGUAAGGAAUAAUCAGAGUCAUAGAGAUCCAUUUGCAGCAGGCAGAGAGAUAAGGUACAGACAACAGUCCCGGCGUCGUGGGAACCGGAGAAUGAUCAGAAAUCAAGGAAACAGUCCAAGGUUGAAGUAGCCAGAGAGUGGUCAAAGACAUCCAGUAGACCGUCCAAGAGCUAGAACACGUAAUUGUUCCCCAUUGUUAGCCGGACCAAAACAAUUCUUCGCACUGAGUGACGUGCGAGAGCAUGAAUAUGCGUUUGGGAAUGAAGCGCAGGUGUGAGUUUUAUAGGUGAAGAGCAGAUGUGUGUGAUCAAUGGAGCUGCAUUAUGCAAACUAAUUUGCAUGGCAACAGUCAGACGGAUCCCUAGGGUGCAGAGGGGGUGACACUGGAAACAGUGAUCCUAAAGCACAGGUUGUUUGGAAAAUAGAUGCUUCUUAAAUAAUAGAUGAUUCUUAAACUAAUCAUAAUUCUUACAUCUUACAUACAACAUUCUAACAAUUGAAGAACAAAAUAUACUCUGAGGUUGUAUUAAAACCAGUGGAAA